AUGUUUAUCGGCAGUCCACAUUCAGUCUAUGACGAGGAUGUCACCCGUCUUGAGGUGUUUUAUGGUCUCACUCACUUUCUGUCUAUGCAAACGGUUGCUUUUGAUCAUCUUUGUCGGUUAUGGCCUGUUGGCAUCGGCAUCCGACGCGAAGUGGGAUUCGAGGUAAUUGCAUUAUGGAGUGGCGGAGUCGGAGCAACACAGUUCACAAGCGCU